AUGUGGACAGUGGACUCAAGAAAAAUUAAGUCUAUUCCCCAAGCAGAAUUCAAGCUUUACAGUUAUAAGGAUACUGUAAAUACAGCUAGAGACCAGGCAACAAAUGCUACUCAAUCAGUUCAAGAGUCUGCUCAGCAAGGACAACAGCAGACUGUUGGUUUCCUGAAGCAGACUGUUGGUUUCCUGCAGCAGACUGUUGGUUUCUUACAGCAGACUGCUGGUUUCCUUCAGCAGACUGGAGAGCAAAUGAAGGGCAUGACUCAGGGUGCUGUGAAAAGUGUGAAGAACAUACUUGGAAUGAAUGAGAAGAAAUGA